UGGAAUAUCGACUGCGAAUUGUGGGUUUUUAAAAAUAUCUUUUACUGAUGACUCAAAAUUCAAAGUCCUCUCUGUAUCGAUAUAUGCCGUAUGCGUGUGUAUGGAUGUGUUUUGAGAGAUUCAAAUAAUAAUGCCUUUCUUUCUUUCUUUCUUUUAUAUUCAAAAUAUAUUCAUUCAUCUAAUACUAUCCAUAUCUUAUUUAUCACAUAAUUAAAAUAAAAACACGAGAUGAAUAAAAUGAGAAAGCGUGCGCUGUUGCCGUGUAAAACUCGUCCCCUCUCUCUCUGGCUUCAUGCGAAUCCACUUUCCAGUUCAGUUCUGUAACAAACUGAAGUAUUGUACGGUAACAGUCUAAAACACACACUCACUCUGUCCGUUUGACCGACGAGUGAAUCCAAUGUUACAUGCGAAACGGAUGUUUAUCUGCAGAAUAGAAUUACAAGUAUCGGGUGUGUUUGUUGUUGCACGUAAUUUUCAUGUUAAAGAUCUAGAUUAUGCAUAUUUGGUUUAGUUGAAGAGUUCACCGAGUUAGUAACUUGGAUUAUCUGUUUAUCUAUCAAUUUAUUCUAUGGGAAUUGAAUUUGGAUUGAGAUUUCUAUGUGAAGACUGAAGAUGUUAUAUUGAGCCUAGUGCUUUCAGUAGUAGCUUCUUAGAGUAGAUUUUCUAUUUAUUAAAAGAUUAUAAAAACAAAAGAAAAUGCAAAACCUUCAAUGUAGACUACUCUUUAGUUUGCUUGGUCUAGUAUCAUCUAUGUUGUGGACUACUAUUGGUGCUCAAUUACUGUCGCCUUGACAUUGUUUGAUGAAGGGUCAUUCUUACUGAUUUGUAGCUAACCAUUUUGUUUUUCAGAUCUUCUUACUGUUUUCUUGGGGUCAUUGAUGUUGCAUGCUUGAGCUGCAAUUUGGGGCUUCUUUAGAUGGCCUCUGCACAUAAGCAUAUCACGGAAAACAUAUCUCAUCUUUCCAAUAUUCUUGAGCUUGAAAAAUGUGAAAGCUACCUAUUAUUCCGCUGGGAAACCAACCUUGGGGCUGGUAUUAGGACCUUACUGUAUUUUCUUGGUCUUGCUUACUGUUUCAUUGGGUUGUCAGCUAUAACUGCUCGUUUCUUCAGCUCGAUGGAAAAUGUUGUGAAGCAAACACGGAAAGUUGUAAGGAUAGAUCCUUCUACUGGUGAUGAAAUUGUCAGAUAUGAAAAGGUGUGGAAUUACACAAUUGCAGACAUUGCCCUCCUGGCCUUUGGGACUAGCUUUCCUCAAAUAUCAUUGGCCACUAUCGAUGCCAUAAGAAACAUUGGCGAGCUGUACGCAGGAGGUUUGGGUCCUGGAACGCUUGUUGGCUCUGCUGCAUUUGACCUUUUUCCCAUCCAUGCUGUUUGUGUUGUCGUUCCAAAAGCUGGCGAGUUGAAAAAGAUAUCUGAUAUAGGAGUUUGGCUAGUGGAGCUCUUUUGGUCUUUUUGGGCUUAUGUUUGGUUAUACAUAAUAUUAGAGGUAUGGACUCCAAAUGUGGUUACCCUGUGGGAGGCCUUAUUGACAGUACUGCAAUAUGGGUUACUGCUGACUCAUGCUUAUGCUCAAGACAAGCGCUGGCCCUACUUGACUCUUCCUUUGAAAAGAACUGACAGGCCAGAUGACUGGGUGCCGGCAGAAGCCACUCCAUGCAAAUACAAUACCAAUGUCUAUAAUGAUCUCUCUGAGCUGCACCAAGUUGGUGAAGAUGAAAUCAGGGGCGUUGGUGCUAUUUUCCCCAUUCAUUCAAGAAAUGAAACUGGUCUGGGGUACCAAGAACUUUCUGUCAAUGAUUGUUCUGCUGAAUGCUCCAACAAAGAUAUUCAACACAACAUCAGUUUAAAAGAUUCUCAUUUUCUCCAACUUUGGAAACAGCAAUUUGAGGAUGCACUCAUGCUGGAAAGAAAAGAAUCCAAAAAACUCAACAAUGUCUAUCUCAGAGUAGCAAGCAUUUCCUGGCAGUUACUUCUUGCCCCAUGGAGGUUUCUGUUUGCUUUUGUGCCUCCCUAUCAUAUUGCUCAUGGCUGGAUCGCAUUCAUAUGCUCUCUAAUUUUCAUCAGUGGGAUAGCUUAUAUUGUAACCCAGCUGACAGAUCUUAUAAGUUGUGUCACAGGAAUAAAUGCAUAUGUCAUAGCAUUUACAGCACUAGCAGGUGGAACUUCAUGGCCAGAUUUAGUGGCAAGCAAGAUUGCUGCUGAACGUCAGACAACAGCAGACUCUGCCAUUGCAAACAUCACUUGCAGCAAUUCAGUUAACAUAUACGUUGGCAUUGGCAUUCCUUGGCUUAUUGACACAGCAUACAACUUUAUAGCAUAUAGAGAACCACUGCGGAUCAAGAAUGCAGAGGGACUAAGCUUUUCUUUGCUUGUUUUCUUCGCCACUUCUGUAGGGUGUAUUACUGUUUUGGUAUAUAGGCGUAUGACGUUGGGUGCAGAGCUGGGAGGGCCAAGGCUUUGGGCCUGGGUUACCUCUGUGUACUUAAUGUUUCUUUGGAUUAUUUUCGUCGUGUUGUCUUCCCUCAAAGUCUCAGGGAUCAUAUGAGAAUUUACAUCAAUUUUUUCUUUAAUUACAGCAUCAUUUUUCCCCA